GGACCGUCAGACAAUAAUACUGGUUCCGAGUAUAUACUGGCCUGUGCCGUUUUCCAAAAAAUAGGAACCGUCACGCGUUUAGCGCCCGCAUGAUGCCACUUCAUGGUUUAGUUCAUGAUUGUGCUAUUUGUUUAGUGUUUUAAAAUGUAUGAAGAUGAGGAUUUGGCUAUUUGUGAUUGUUUGCCGUGAAGGAAUCAGGGGAAGGAGGAGGAUACAACCAAAAGUCGGCUGAGGGCACCCUUUUGUUUUUUACAUUGGACCUAUUUGCACAUUAGUGCUGACUGAUUGAACCUUCGACCUAUAUGUUAUUGUAUUUCUAUUUUGUUUGGCAAUGCCGUGGCGUCAGACAUUCAGCCGCUUCCGCCUUCGCCUUAUCCUACCUGCAUGAUCAAUCGCAAACGCGAAUUGCUUCCAUUUGCGCACUGCUUGGUUUCGCUUCCUAGUUAAUUGUUCAUGCGGUAAGCUGUACGUCUGUUCGAACCGUGUGUAUGUUACAAUCAUGACCAACAGCAUUGGUGAUCAAACGCCAAAUGAACGGAAAGAGGUCUUCGAUGAUUACUUAAUGUACUACGAUCAGGUUUGGCAACAUGGUAACGUGAAAGUGUGUAAAGACCGACAGGUGACAGAAAAGGCUAGGCAUGUAUUGCUGUCAGAGACGGACCCAGUGGAAAGAUUCACAACCUUUGACUUCUAUCACACCGCGUUCGAGUGCGUCAGACUCGGGGUAAAAGAUUGUAGAAGUGUAUUUAAUGUGUUCAUAAAGGCCGCUGAAUUGCUGGAAACGCUCUGUGUCAACCUGUUCCUGUUCCCGUGGAAGAAGGAAAUAAAGACCAUCAAGACCUUUACAGGCCCUUUUGUCUACUGCAUUCAGCCAGUGUUCCCCAAGAAUAUUGUGAGUGGCAUUCUUGAAAGUAUUGGAUACCGACCCGAGUCAGACACCGAGUAUCGUCUCACCGCGGAUGCAGACCAUGACCAGGCUAAGGCUAUGGGCUUCGAGCUCUUCCUGGCAAGGGUGGAGUGUGAAUACCUGCUGGAGAUCAUGGGACAGAGGGCCCACGCUGAGUGCCUGGAGAUCUUCCAGAGGAGGGCUGGGCCCCUGAACCACUGGGAGAGCCGUGGUACUGCAGAGAACGAGCCCAGGAACGAGAGCUCAAGGGCAGUGAAGGACAGCGGCAGCUUGGAGGUGGACGCUGUAGACCAACCUGAUGUGUUCUCGCUGGCUGAGCCUUCAGUGGUUGCUCAGGAACAGGAGGAGCAGCCUGAGGGAUCGGUCAGGCCGACGGAAGAGCCAGAGAGACACGCGCCUCUUCCGCUGGACGCCGAGGGGUCAGGUGCCGCAGCUGGCCCUGAGUCUUCAGGGAGACACCGCACCGGCUCCUCAAUGCUCGACGACCGCUCCAUGAUUGAGAUGCAGACGAACUACCCCGACCUGGCCAUCCGCAAGAAUCCGGUUUUCCGAAAGAACCGGGGAGGCUCGUACCCAACGCCUGGCACCAAGGUCCGCGGGAGGUUGGGGGACGAUGGCGACAUUAUGCCAAUGAGGAAUUACGCCCACACCCAUGCCAGCGACCUAAGCAGCCCUCAGUCCUUCUCCCUCCACACAGAGAGUCAGGUGGCAGCCGCCUCCAGCGCCCCAAUCAAGCCCCAGCCCAAACCCAGCCUCCCGGAGGUCAUCCUGGAGCCCCAGCCUCUAAUGGUCAGCUCGGGCCCGGCCUCUAUGAUCCAGUACCGCGACACAGCUGUGCAGAGCGCAGUGUCCAGGCCAGGCCAGGAGGGCACACCUAUAAACACCCUUGAUCUGGAGGAGCUGAGCAACAGAUUGAGGCAACUGUGCGUGGAGGAGCUGAAGUACCCCAUCGAGGAGACGGCACAGGGUCAGUCUCCCUGCACUGGCUGCCAUGAUCACCACCGGCCUGCUGCUGCCGCUACAGCGCCCCCUCCUGGAUCACCCCGGGAUAACAGCCACCAGCCUAUCCUGUGUACCCCGUCCCCCCUCCCUGUCUGCAGCAUCACUGGUUGUAACAGCCACCCCGGCCUUCAUGUGGUCCACCACGGGCUGCAGCUGGGCGAGGACACCAUCAAAGAGCCCCCCAGCUCCUUCUACAAGCCCCCAAGCCCCCUGGGGAUGUGUGGCCCACCCCUGGAGCCUCCAGCUGGGCAUCUGGGGAUGUGUGGCCCACCUGUGGAGCCUCCAGUUGGACAUCUGCCAGCCACUGUUGCUGCUGCUGCUGCACCUGCUCCUCUGGGUGCAGCAGGCGUGGAGGGCAGGGCAUCUGGCCAACAGCCAGAAGAUGACAUCCUGCAGACGUACGUCCUGGUGGAGCACGAGAGGAAGUGACAUCAGACUGACUGACAGACAGGCCGAGUGGCCAAUCGUUUGCUAUAGAUUGUAGGAAGUGGGUAGAAAACUUUCGCACUCCUUCCACCCACAUCUCGGUGUUUCCUGCCAUCAUAGCGAGGUCCAUUUGACAUGCACUAUGACCGACCCCCUCAUGAAACCUGUCUUGCCAGAAAGCCACCCUGCCAGCCUGUGUUAAUCAGGCCAGUGUAUUUCUGUCCUGUGGCAGGCUGCCAAGGGAAUCACCUACUUAAACACAGCAAAAUGUAGAGAAAAUGACUUGUAGAGAAAUGUCAAGCCGUUUAGGCUGCUCAUACGCCGCCAUACCUGAUGUGACUGUCCACGAGCCAGAAAUAGUUGGCGUUCAUCCAACAUCAAAGAAGUAUAGCCUAAUUAAUAGUGUGCUUAAAUCAGUUGUUGCCAUCCUGCUUUUAAACCACUCCAUGUGUGAGGGUCACUUAAGGACCAUUAUCAUGUCCUUAAAAAAAAAAUCUUGAAAUGUUUCUCAGGUGAAAGUAUUUUUUUUCUCCUGUUACCUCCAGUCAGCACUGUAUUGUGUAUAUUGUGUUAAACUUACGACUGCGAGGGAUACAAGCUUCUGAAUGUGCCUUACUUCGUUUGAAGCCAAAAUAUGCACUUAUUGUCUUUCUAUUAAUGAUUCAUGUAUUGAAUGAAAGAGUAUUGUGCUGUUAUUAGCUGAUUGUGAGAGGACAUUUUUGCUAAUAAAAUUGAUGCUUUUUGUGGUGUCU